AUGUCUUACAUGAUGAGGUGCUUGGAGAGGCAAGAGCGAGAAAUGAAAGAAAGAAGUCGCAGACAAGUUGAAGAAGAAAGGGAGGAGGAAGAAGAUGAUGAAAAAGUUGCCAUAUGCUCGAUCUAUCAAGUCAAGGCAGCCACCGUGGUUCACAAGUCGACCGUGGACAGACGUAGAAUGCAGCCUCAUUUGUUCAAUAAAAUCAUGCAUGAUGUUUGUAAUUACAACGCAUACUUCAUUCAAAAGUGUGAUGCUACUGGGAUUUUGGGGCUUCUUUUGGAGCAAAAACUUACAGCUUCUUUACGGAUACUAGCGUUUGGCACAUCUGCAAACCAGGUGGAUGAGAUUACUAGGAAGAGGAAAUCCACCAUCCUAGAGAGCUUGGUCAGAUUCUGUGAUGUAAUCGAAACUUUCUACACGAGGGAUUACCUCCGCAAACCUACGCUUAGGGACCUCCAAAGGCUUCUACAAAAAGCUGAGGCUCGAGAUUUCCCAAGCAUGAUUGGAAGCAUCGACUGUAUGCACUGGCAAUGGAAGAAUUGCCCAACUGCUUGGCAAGGAGAUUAUGGGAAUAAGAAAGGCCAAAAAGUAUCAUUCUUUAAGCUGUUGCAUCAUUCAAUACAUGAGUUUGGCAUGCCUUUUUCGGAGUUGCGGGAUCUCAAAACGACCUCAACAUGCUGGGUCAAUCCCCUGUGUUCAACGAUGUGUUGA